UCGCCAGCUUCAGCUGAACGAAACAACAGCCAAUCAGCGCACAGUAGGACGAGUUUCUGAGCAUGAACGUCGAGCUGCUACUGUUCUUGAAGGAGAACGCACACUUCCUCUGUGCUUCGCCGAUAAAUGGGUGUAGGGUGUCGAUUUGCUCUCUAUUCAACGGGAAAGCGUGCGGUGUUCCGAUGUCACAAGAGGAGUUUGAUAGGGAGCUGUGCGAGCUCCAGGAGAUCGAUAGGAACUGUAUUGAAUACUCGCUGUUCAAGGACUCCAUUGUGUUCAUCAACGAGCUGAACCUGGGGAUCUUGAUCGAGACGUUGAGCUGUGCCGCCUCUGAGGAGGCCAGGAAGCUGAAACGACCAAAGGCCAAGGCGUCGACCUCUGGUAAGAGCUCAAGGGCCAGCCUAGCGAAUAGAUUGAGUUCUCUACUCGAUGAGCCGCUAGAAUCAGAGGAACUGAGCAAGCUGAGGGAGCUGCUGAACUAUGAAAGCACUGGGCAUAGGCUCUCAAAGAAGCACCUUGCGCUAACGACACCUCGUUCUCCGUUCUUACCAACGUGUAACGAUCCACAGCACUCUACAAUGCUGGCGUCGAGCUCUCCAGUACAGCUGAACAAGCUGCCAAAGGACCUACGCCAGUGCUUGAACAAUAAGAUCCAUUUCAUUCCGAUGAUUAAGGCACACACCGAUGUUUCACUGGGUGAUUGCUCCUACUUGGACACAUGCCAUAAGCUGGAUAGCUGUCGCUACGUCCACUAUACACGCCAUGUCCCACACGAGCGACUGUCGAAGGAACUCGCCAAAUGUGAGGAGUUCAACGACGAGAUUGCAUACUGGGAGAGAAUAUCACCCUGGAUGCCCAAUGGCUCGGUCAGCAAUCUCAGCAGAGAGACACUCCCACCUCAGUGGAUCAACUGUGACGUUCGAACGUUCGACUUCACGACGCUGGGCAAGUUUGCUGCCGUGAUAGCAGAUCCUGCGUGGAACAUCCACAUGAACCUGCCUUAUGGCACGUGCAAUGACACCGAGCUGCUGAACCUGCCUCUCCAUACGAUCCAGGACGAAGGUGUUCUGUUCCUGUGGGUCACGGGACGUGCCAUUGAGAUCGGCAAGGCCUCCCUGAUGAAAUGGGGGUACAAGAUCAAGAACGAGGUCAUAUGGGUCAAGACAAACCAGCUGUCAAGAACAAUAUGCACCGGAAGAACUGGCCAUUGGCUCAACCACUCCAAAGAACACCUGUUUGUUGGAGUAAAGGGUGAGCCAGAAUGGCUCGACCGUCUGAACGACGUCGACGUGAUGGUCUCCUCCACCAGGGAGACCUCCAGGAAGCCGGACGAGCUCUACGGCAUGAUCGAGAGGCUCGUUGGCCCUCACGCACGCAAGCUCGAGAUCUUUGGCAGGGAUCAUAACACCAGACCUGGAUGGCUCACUAUCGGAAACCAACUCAACGGCUCCCAGCUCUUCGAAACAGACGUUGCCAACAAGCUCAAGGCCAACACCUGUUUCUCUAGUAUAGUACGCUAGGCAAUCCUGGGAUUACCGCUUUAGGAAGUCAACCCUGCUAGCCAAUUGAAGUGCGCGAAAAUUUCACGGCCAUGUAAUCGAG